CUGCCUCGUCCUUUCCCCCUUUCCCCAUUCCCUUCCCAUUUUCAGUCUAAACGUGCUUCUGGUCUGAGGAGAAUGGAGUACUUAUUUUUAUUUCUAUUUCAUUUUGUCUUUCAGGCCCCCCCCCCGGAUUAGGGAUCACUUGGUAUGGUCCGGUUGCCAUGGCGACGGCGUGUACACCGGCCCCCUUUUUUUUUCCUUUUUCGGGGAGGGAGGGGGGAAGCCAAGGGGGGACAAAAGAGGAGGAUGGUGACUUUGGCCAGGCUGCAAGAGAGGCUCCCUGGGCUGAAGGAGGAGGGCUUCCGAAGGAACAGGUCUGUAGAUGAAUACAGAAAGACAGAAUAUGAUGCUGCUGUAAAAAUUCAGAGUUGGUUUAGAGGAUGCAAAGUCCGGGCUUACAUAAGAUAUCUGAACCAAAUGAUGGUGUUCAUCCAGAAAUGGUGGCGGGGUUAUCAAGGAAGAAAAAAAUUCAGAAAAAUGGCAGAGACAGCAUAUUUUAUUAUGAAGAUGAAUUUCUACAAUGAAAUGGCUGUCAGGAUUCAAAAAAGAUGGCGAGGCUAUUACAUCCGAAAAUAUAUCCAUAAUUAUUAUGCACUGAAGAAGUACCUGGAAGCUAUUGCUUUGAAUAAUGAGAUGGUCAGGAAAGAACUAGAAGAGUUUGCUGAGAUGAAGGAGAAAGAAGAGGUGAAAAAAGCUCUUGAAAGGGAUGAAAAGAAAAAGGAUUACCUAGCCCGAAAGAUGCAUUACCUCCUUAGCACUGAGCAGAUUGCAGGUAUAUACAAUUCGCCUUACAGAAAAUCACCUGAUCCAAUGGAAUUGCAGUUAAGGAAAGCUAAACCUUUGAAGGAGAAAAAGAAACAAAUCCGAAAGGAUGUCAUGGAUCUUCAGUGGCAAUCAGAUACAGACUCCUUUGGUUUCCAAAGAGUACCAGCUCUUCCUCCUAUCGAAAGACAAAAACCUCAGGGCCCUUUUCGUGAUCCUGUUGAAGUGCUACAGCAGCGUUACAAGACUUGGGAGCCAUCUUUGCGGGUGGCAGCAUCAGAUACAUCACUCCAGCUUGCCAGAGAGAAAGUAAAACAAGAAGAAUGGAGAAACCGCAUACAUGACGAUGUGUUUUUGCCAUUUUCAGGCCACGAACCUGAUAAAUAUGUCCCAUCAAUCCAAAGAGCAAGUAAAUAUGGUCAGUCAAGUUAUGGACUCAAACAUUUCCGGGAAGAAUACCCAGAAAAGUGGAUAACAAAAAAGGACUUCUUAACUGUGGUUCCAUCAAUUCCUCUGUUUGGCAAGCUUGGCCAAACCUACUCCAGAGCUGGGCAAAUAGUGUAAACAUUUCUCUACCAAUUCAAUGUAUGAAAUCUUACAUGAUUGUAAUCAAGAUAUGUGAGUUUUAAACAAUAUUUUAAAGCAAAAGUGUAGCUUAUGAUCAUCAUGCUCUACUUCAAAGAUAAGAUCUCUGUGUUCUACUUAUGACCAGCUCAGUAUAAACCUAAUUUUGGAAUAUUAAAGCAGGGGCUCUGAAGGAAUCAUCAAUUAGACUGUAACAUGGACUGUUUUUGUGAACGAAGUCUGAAAACAUCCUUUAAGACACAGAUUUCAGUCCUUUCUUUCAAUCAUCAGAAGUUCCUACGUGCGAAGUAUUGCUAGUCAGUUUUCUCCAUUUGACAAGUCUGGAAAAGAAAUUAUUUGUGGAAUAAGGUCAACAGGAAGAAUUUGGUAAAUUCAGAUAAUAAUUGUAAUUGUUUUUACAGUUGUCUGAAGUGUAGCCUUUUUCUUUCGUGGAAAAAUAAAGCAUAAAAUAUAACAUAAAUGAAAAA